ACUGAUGGAGCCCUGCUGAACACUGCCUACAUUGCCAACUGGGGGAAAAGGUCGUGUCCCUCCCUGGCCAGGUCACUUCCAGAGGCAACCCAGAGUCAGUGUGCUGGCUGCUGGCCUAGCUCAGCUUGGGAUCAGCGAUGGAGGACUUGGGGAGGUGACCUGGAGGUCCAGGAGGUGCCAGACAGGUCUGGGUGUAGGCUCCCAGGAAGUUGCCACACAGGUGAGGCAGCAGCUUGUCCUGGGGGGAGGCGUGGGGCUUCAGGUGUGGUGCCACCUCUCGCUGGCCCCGUGGCCUCGGGCAGCUGAUUGCCUCGGAGCACUGGCAGAAGGUUGCUUCCUUCCCCACGGGGUGUUGGGAGCCUCAGAGAGAGCGCCUUAGGGACUAUAAGGGCUGUCAUGGAGGGAAACACGCAAUAAAAGAUGACUGAUUUACAUGUGCUGAGACUCCCUCUCGAAGGUGCCUUCUAUGGUCUGGUGAGGGCUGGAAGGUUUAGGUAAACAUUUCAGGGUUACUCUGAUAGCGGCCGAGGGCCAGUUUCAGACCUGAGCCUGAGGGGCUCUCAGCUCCCAAGACCCCUCUCUCCAUGAUAGCCAUCACAGCCACUCUUAGGGUGAGUGCACCUCACUGACUCAGCCUGUGAAGCCGCACUGAGCUUUACUCUGCCUUGUUGGCUGUCCUUGGCUCCAGGGCAGCUGGUGGGGUUUGGAGCCUCCAGGGACACCCCUGCUUCUCCCACAACAAGGACAGGUAGGGGACAGAAACCCCUGCCCCCUACCUCCGCAGGGGUCCCUGCACUCAGACCCCCUCCCUCCCUGCAGCCACCCAGACCUGGAAGAGCCCCCAUCCCUGAAUGCCACCCGGAGGCCUCAUCAUCCUGGCCACCCGGCUCCAAGGGUGGAGGCAGCCCUGCAUGACUUGGGAAGGCUGCACGGAGUAAACCACACCCCUGCUGGGUUGUGAUGGGCCUGAGGCACUGAGGUUGGCCAAGUGCUUCAGUCAGGACCGGGCAUUCCUGUCCUACUGGCACUGAAGGUUGUGAAAGACCCUGUGACAGGGGACGAGACUCUUCCACUUGAUGCUGCCCUGGGCCCACUCCCUGCUUUCUAGACGUCAGUGGCCCUUCUAGGUGCGGGCAUGAGAGCAGGGGUGGGUGGGGUUGGUGCUGAUGGCAACGGCUGGAGGAAACAGGUCUUCGUGGGUGGUAGACCCCCAUCACGGAGGUGUCUGAGUCUCCGCAUAGGUUUAAGGUCCCUCGUUUCCUCGGCAGGUGGCUUGUCUUAGAGUGGGUGUGAGGCUUGGGUGGAGUGGGAGCAGUUGGGAGGGACCAGGGAGGAGCUUGGGGCAAGCAGGUACAUCACUGGCCCUGGGUUAAAAAGCCAGCAGUCCUUGGUCCUGCGUCCACUGCCUGCCAUUUGUGGCCCUUGAGAACAGCCAGCCUCAUGGCUCUGGCAAAAAUUCCUGGGACCUGCUUGCUCACUGUUCGUGUCCUGCAGGCCCGUGGCCUGCCCUCAAAGGACCUAGUGACUCCCUCUGACUGCUAUGUGAGUCUGUGGCUGCCCACAGCCUCUAGCCGCAGGCUCCAGACACGCACAGUCAAGAACAGCAGAAACCCCAUCUGGAAUCAGAGCUUUCGCUUUCGAAUCCACAGCCAGCUCAAGAAUGUCUUGGAGCUGCAAGUCUUUGACCAGGACCUUCUGACCAGUGAUGACCCCAUGUUGUCAGUGCUGUUUGACUUGGGGACUUUGCAGGCUGGGGACUUUCGCCGAGAGAGCUUCUCACUGAACCCUCAGGGUGAGGAGCGGCUAGAAGUUGAAUUUCGGCUGCAUAGACUGACAGACUGUGCUGAGCAGCUCGUCAGUAAUGGCAUCCUGGUGGCCCGGGAGCUCUCCUGCUUGCAUGUUCGACUGGAGGAGGCAGGGGAUCAGAAACAAUCUCAGGGCAGAGUUCAGCUUGUGGUUCCUGGGUCCUAUGAGGGUCAACAGGAGGCCUCCGUAGGCACUGGCCCUGUCUGCUUCCAUUGCCCGGCCUGCUGGGAGCAGGAGCUGGGUAUCCUUCUGCAGGGUGCCCCUCGAGAGCAACUAAAGGUGCCCCUAAGCGCCUUGCCCUCUGGCCAAGUAGUGAGGCUUGUCUUCCCUACAUCCCAGGAGCCACUGAUGAGGGUGGAGCUGAAAAAAGAAGGACCGAAGGAGCUGGCGGUGCGGCUGGGCUGUGGCCCCUGUGCGGAGGAGCAGGCCUUCCUGAGCAGGAGGAAGCAGCUGGUGGCCAGAGCCCUGAAGCAGGUCCUGCAGCUGGAUGACGACCUGCAGGAGGACGAGGUCCCCGUGGUCGCUGUCAUGGCCACCGGCGGUGGGAUACGGGCAAUGUUGUCCCUCUACGGGCAGCUGGCUGGACUGAGGGAGCUGGGGCUCUUGGAUUGUGUCUCCUACAUCACAGGGGCCUCGGGCUCCACCUGGGCUUUGACCAACCUCUAUGAGGACCCAGAAUGGUCUCAGAAGGACCUGGCGGGACCCACCGAGUCCCUGAAGACACAGGUGACCAAGAGCAAGUUGGGCGUGCUUGCCCCCAGCCAGCUGCAGCGGUACCGGCAGGAGCUGGCUGAGCGGGCCCGCCUGGGCCACCCGCCCUGCUUCACCAACCUGUGGGCCCUCAUCAUUGAGGGCCUGCUGCACGAGGAGCCCCGUGACUGCACACUGUCAGACCAGCGGGAGGCCCUGAGUCGAGGCCAGAACCCUCUGCCCAUCUACUGUGCCCUAAACACCAAGGAGAAGGGCCUGACCACCUUCGAAUUUGGAGAGUGGUGCGAGUUCUCCCCGUAUGAGGUUGGCUUUCCCAAGUAUGGAGCCUUCAUCCCUUCUGAGCUCUUCGGUUCUGAGUUCUUCAUGGGGCGCCUGACCAAGCGGCUUCCUGAGUCCCGAAUCUGCUUCCUUGAAGGUAUCUGGAGCAACCUGUAUGCAGCCAACCUCCAGGACAGCUUAUACUGGGCUUCGGAGCCCAGCCAGUUCUGGGACCGCUGGGCACAGGAUCAGGCCAGCCGGGACAAGGAGCAGGUCCCUCUUCUGAAGAUAGAAGAGCCUCCUACGGGGGCCGGAAGGAUUGCAGAGUUUUUCACCGACCUUCUGACACGGCGCCCACUGGCCCAGGCCACCCAUAAUUUCCUGCGUGGCCUCCAUUUCCAUAAGGACUAUUUCCAUGAUCCUUACUUUUCCACCUGGAAAGGUAUCUUCUCUCCUUGGUCCCGGCUCUCCAAGGUCUGCCCAUGGCCACCUGAGCCUUGGGUCUCUGGUCUAGACAUCGACACCCUCCGACCCCUGGGCCGCAAGCUUCUUGAGCUUAGUUCGCUGGGCUGCCUAGACCGGCAAGCUUUUUUUCUCUCCUUAUUUUGGGAACCAGGACCCCUCUGGCGGGGGGUGGUCUUGGGAAGUGGCAGGGCGACUCUGGCAGGAGAGCUCAGGGACCAGAGGACAGAGUCGGCUUCUACCAGCAGCACAGUGCCAGCAUUAGGCUCAAGGGGUCUGGUGCCCUCAGCACUGCUUUUCCACCCCAUCCCCUUAAUCAUUCCAGCCACCAAACUGGAUGGGUUCCCCAACCAGCUGACACCUGCCGAGCCUCACCUUUGUCUGCUGGAUGUUGGCUACCUUAUCAACACCAGCUUCCCACCCCUUCUGCGGCCCACACGGGAGGUGGACCUCGUCCUGUCGCUGGAUUACAACCUUGAAGGAGCCUUUCAGCAACUGCAGCUUCUGGGCCGGCUGUGUGGGGAGCAGGGCAUCCCAUUCCCGCCCAUCUCGCCCAGCCCUGAGGAGCAGCGCCAGCCUCGCGAGUGCCACUUGUUUCUAGACCCAGACUGCCCCGACGCCCCGGCGGUGCUGCACUUCCCUCUGGUGGACGACUCCUUCCGGGAGUAUUCGGCCCCGGGCAUCCCACGGACCCCCGCAGAGAAGGCGGCUGGGGAGGUGAACCUGUCUCCUUCCGACUCUCCCUACCACUACUCGAAGCUGACCUACAGCCUGGAGGAUGCAGACAAGCUGCUCCGCCUGACCCACUACAACAUCUGCAACAACCGGGAGCAGCUGCUGGAGGCCCUGCGGGGUGCCGUGCUGCGGAGGCGACAGCGCCAGCACCACCAACCCCAGUGAGGGCAUGGGAGGGCGGGCUCAGGGCUUCCCCCGAGCCCCCCAACGGGCCCCUCAGACUUGCACCCAGGAGACCCUGGUGGACAGGAAGAGUUGGGGUAGACACUCCUCACCCAGGGUUCCAGAGCCCCUGGGGCCUGGAGGGCCUAGCCACGGCCCCCUUGCCCUCCAAGGGGCUUCACCAGGCCAUGUGCCCAACACCACCCUGACAGGGCCCCACAGCUACCAGCAGCCUUGUCCCCUACAUGGGCCAGGAGCCUGAGCGGCUUAGAAGGGCUGGGCCUGGUCUCCUCAGGCCAGAUUUGGCUCCCUCUUCAAGCAAAGAGAACGUUUAGAGGGCCUGUGGUCACCCGAGGUAGACAUGGGAGACAACGGCUUGAGCCCAGAGUGGUAUGGAUCCUAGUUGUGGAAGCGCUCAAAGCCCUGGGCCCCUCUCCCCUUGCUCCCUUGAGUAACUGUACUGUGUGAAAUAGAGCGGUUUAUAUAUCACAGAGGCUCAUAUAAAUGUGAGGUGGGAACAGGUGACAUCAUGCCAGGCUCGUGGUUACACGUAACAAGGACCGGUUUGAAAAAGCUUUUGCCAGACCCCAUCCAGAGCUAGUGAAUAGGUGCAUCUGGACUUCCCCUGAGGAGAAGACCACAUGUGCCCUGUUAGGGCCACCCUUUCUAAGCAGUGGGGAGGCCCGUUUGGCCUGGGGGGUUCUGCUGUGGGAACCCUGGCCUUGCGCAGGUGAGUGGACACAGAGGCAGUGGCACCCCCGUCCUCCUCCCCCCGUCAGACGGCUGCUUUCUUUCCCACAGCAGGGGUGGCCACAUCUGCAAUCAGAGGAGCCACAGGAACGAGAGAGUGACCUCCUACAGCAAGCUGUGGUCUUGGUGAGGGCUGCCUCUUAACAAGGAACUAUCUGUUCCAGACCUUGGUCCUGGUAGCAGAAUCUUAGGCUGGUCUCCUAGAGAUUGUCCUUGUUGGUAGCCCUGAGGGUUGCUGCUACCUCAGGGUUUGGUUCAGGGUCCUGACCUGUUGGGGGAACAGGAAGGCAGAGUGAACUUAGGGCUUGGCCUCCCUUAGAACAUUCCACCUCCUGCUGGUGCUGGGAUUGUGGCUGACAGACAGCUGCAGGACUGACCAUACAUAGUGUGCAGAGGGUAGAGGGAAGAGAACAGGUUCUUGUGACCCAAAUCCUCCUGUUUGCUCUGGCCCACUGAUGCUUGGGCCCUGCCUAGGGCAUGUAGCUAGUGUCACAGUGGAAAAAAAUGGGGGCCCUGGGAGCCUUAGAAGCCACCAUCCAGGGACAAAGCCUAUUCAUUCAGCAACAUGUUCUCUGGAUUUGAAAGUGGAGCCUGUGUGCCAGAGACCACAGCCAUGGCCGCCUUCUGAGGUGCUGGGAACACUCCUCGGGCCUGACCUGGGGUGUCUGUCUCUGCGAGAGUCUGUGUGAGUGUAUGUGUGAGGGGUGACAGCCUGACUUCUGGCCUGCUCGAGGAUAGUAAGGUUCCCCUUUCCUGUUGGAACAGGGAAGAGCCGGAGAGAGGGCAGAGUGCAGGCCAGAUAUGGCUAGCCGGCAACCCAUCUUCUGUCUUGGACAGGAAGAGGAGGCCAAGAAGUGAGCCAGGGGUGGAUGCCCAGCGUAUCCUUACCUUGGGCCUGGCCAGGGCAGGGAAGGGAGGGUGAGCCGGGGGCAGGUGCCUGGGCAGGGCCCUCAGCCUGCAGGAACUCCAGGGGUUGUGGCUGGCUGUGAGUGCUCACGGGCAUCUCCCUUAGUGAAGAAGUCAGGGGACAGGCGUGGAAUCUGUGAGGAAAAGGAGGACCCUCAGGGCCUGGAUUCUGAGCAGAGGCUCAUACCCGAUUGGGAGGGUGGGUGCUAGGAUUUUCUAUUGCUGAGGGUCUCAAAUAUGGGGGUUACCCCACACCCUAGCAGAUCUGAGUCUUCAGAUCUUGGGCUUAAGAGGGCUGCAGCUGUGCCAAUCGUGGAGCUCAGGACCACCCCCCCACCACAUCCGCAGGUGCCCUACCUGAGUGGGGCGGCCAGGCCGGGUACGCCCUCAGCAGUGUGCUCAGCGGGGAGGCCCCCUGGUCUGGCCGGGUGCUCCAGGCUCAGACUUCGGGCUGCAGAGCAAAGGGAGAUCAGUGGUCAGUCCCGGCCCCUGUGCGAGGCCUUCUGUAGUAGACUCCCCCACAGAGUCCUACAUGGAAAUGCUAACGCUAAGGGGAUGAUAUUGGGAGAUGAUGAGGUGAUGAGAGGGGAGCCCUUACAGAAACCCUAGAGAACAACCUAGCCCCUUCCACCAAGUGAGACACAGUGAGAGGGCUCCCAUCACGACUUGGAAGAUGGCUCUUACCAGACCCUGAAUCUGGUGGCACCUUGAUGGUGGACUUCCCAGUCUCUAGAACUGUAAGAAAUAAAUGGUUCUGGUUUGUUA